CAUUGCGGACCGCUCACGGGCCGGAAGUGGGUGGAGCCAGGGCGUGUUCUCCGGGGAGAGCACUGAUUGCGGCCUGCGCGGGGACUGAAAGGGGGCGGGUCGGACAGGAGCGGGGCCCGCGGGAGCUAUAAGGCGGCCAGUGAGAAGGCCGGAAGUGGGCGUGUCCGUCCGGCGGGGGCGCGUCCGCGGGCGCGGCCGGGGGGCGGUGGCGGCUAGUCAGGCCGCUGCGGCGCCCGAGGGGCCUGAGGAGGGGUCAGCCGCGUCGGUGCGGAGCCGGCCAGGUGCGCGGCCACGGAUGGAGGGUCCAGUGGAGUGCGGGGCCCGGGAACAGGCCGAGCUGGAGCAGCCCGUCGGCGGCGCCCUGGGCGGGACGCCCGAGCAGCGCGCCAGCGGCCGCCUCAGGGAGCCGGGGCACUCGGCGGCAUACCCCGCCGACCCCUCCGACCCCGCGGACGAAGCCCCGAGCGCGCCCCCGGGGAGGCGGCCCCGCGGCGGCCCCGCGGAAGAGGGCGCGCGGCCCGAGGUGCCUGGCGAUGCGCCGCGGCCCGGCCGCCCCGCGCCCCGGGAGGCGGCGGGCAGCUCCCCGCAGCUGCGGCGCGGCCCCGGGGGCGCGGACGGCGCGGCGGCAGAGGAGGAGGGCGCGGGCGCGCUGACGCUGGACCCGCUGGAGCACGCGUGGAUGCUGUCGGCCGCCGACGGCCGCUGGGACAGCCUAGAGGGGCUGCUGGCCUGCGAGCCCGGCCUGCUGGCCAAGCGCGACUUCAUCACCGGCUUCACCUGCCUGCACUGGGCGGCCAAGCACGGCCGGCAGGAGCUGCUGGCCCUGCUGGUGCGCUUCGCGGGCCAGCACCGGCUGCCGGUGAACAUCAACGCGCGAACAAGCGGCGGCUACACCGCACUGCACCUGGCGGCCAUGCACGGGCACGUGGAGGUGGUGAAGCUGCUGGUCGGGGCCUACGACGCGGACGUGGACGUGCGCGACUACAGCGGCAAGAAGCCUUCGCAGUACCUGAGCCCGAGCACCGCCGAGGAGAUCCGGACCCUGGUGGGCGCCCUGGACGAGGACGAAGCCGAGAGCACGGCGGGCAGCGGGGGAGGGCGCUGGAGGCUCUCGAGGGUGCUGCCCUCGACCCUCAUCUCCGGCAGACUCUCGCACGCUCUGGAGGACGGCGGGGACCACCACCACCAUCACCAUCACCUGGCCGAGGGAUUGGCUGCGGGCAAAGCGAAGGAGCCGGGUCGCAAAGCCUCGGGCAGCUCUAGUGGGCGGAUGAAACCCAGACUCAACAAAAUCCGCUUCCGAACCCAGAUCAUCCACACCACACCCUCUUUCAGAGACCCGGAGCAGCCCCUGGAGGAGGGGGAGGACGAAGAGGAAGACCGGUCUUUUAAAGGCCACUCAUCCUCAUUCAAACUGAGACCCAAGUCCAAUGUAUUCGGGUAAAAAUGAUUUUAGAACGUUCUAAGACUUGUUUGUCGUCUUAGGAAUAGGGUACUAGGUGUAGACAAGGAAGUGAGACCAGAAAAGACUUAAGCUAAAUGCUGCAUUCUUACUUCGGGGGGUUGGAAAGGAUGGGGAGGAAUUCUCCUUAGCAGUAUGGCUGCAGUGGAUUUCCAAGCGAUUCCUCAAACCUUGACCUAGGCCUCUUUUCCCGCUGCCACCCUUCUGCGCUGGAGUCCCUGUUUAUAAGGACUGAAAGUGUAUCAAAAUCAGGUGCAGAGUUGAUGACUGAGGGUCCCUUUGAUUGAAACAUUGCCGGCUACCAUGCAGAGUAAGGAGCAUUGCACAUUCGUAUCUGUUUUUAAUAGUGGCGACUCUUCCAAGAGCAACAGGAAAUGCAAAUUGUAAUGAAGCUGGUAGUGUUUGUAAGUGUGAACAAACCGACAUACUACCCUGUGUUUUUACUAAUUGCAUUUGAUUUUAAGAUGCUACUGAAGGUCAGGUCAGAGUUGAAAUGCACAAAUACUAAUUAGAGAAUAAUGUGAAUGCAAUUGGAAAUCUCUUGGUACCCUACUUGUAAGUAGUGUUCACCUCUUUUCGAAAGCAAUUUCAGCUUUGGUCACUGAACUAAAGAAAUAGGCAACAUUCACUUUUGAGUUAAUCUGUUGUGUGGUUUCCUCUUAAUUAUCUCUAAUACCACUGCACUUAGUAUUAAGGUACAUUAUUAAUAACUACAUAAAUUUUUAUUUAAAGAAAACCCUUUUUAGCAACGUAUGGUACUUUUAAGUAAAUGUUACCUCUGGUUCUGAUUCUCACUAACUUGUUUUGCUUUUCCAAAGUCUGAAUUUGUCUGAGUUUUUAUUCUGGGGGUAAUUUAACCGUUGGUUCUACUUGGCAUGACCCUAUUUGACAGUGCUUAGAGUUGAAUUGCCUACAGAAACUGUUUCUGGUUUAGAUUAUUAACAAAAAUUGACAUAAAUGUUAAUGAACUGAUGCUUCUGUGAAGUAAUUAUUAAAUCAACUUAAUAGUCUCACACAAGGUACACUUUUUUUUUUUUUUGCGGAACGCGGGCCUCUCGCUCCUGUGGCCUCUCCCGUUGCGGAGCGCAGGCUCAGCGGCCACGGCUCACGGGCCCAGCUGCUCCGCGGCAUGUGGGAUCUUCCCGGACUGGGGCACGAACCCGUGUCCCCUGCAUCUGCAGGCGGACUCUCAACCACUGCGCCACCAGGGAAGCCCAAGGAUUAUGGAAGUGGGAUAUGUACAUUUGAGAAGCACUUUUAUCCAUACAUGUGGGUGAAAAUCUAAUUUUGUAUAAAUCAAAAUUAGGUUCCUUGAAGGUGAAAAGCAGUCAUUUGUUCCGGAUCAUAACUACAUUGCCUGUAUCUAGUGUGGGAUAAGUUGUAACUUCUCACUGAGUCUAAGGUUUCAAGGACGUGUGAAGCCAAAGUGAACCAUAAAAACACUGCGGAACCACCUCCAUGUUCCACUGAACAGUGUUAAUCUCUCAAAUGUGUAUGUUAGUGCCUAAUUGCACAGAAUCUGUAACUUGCUAGAUCUUUAGGGAUGGAGUCAAUACUUAACUUGCUUUUCACAUUAAAGAAUUCAACUUUUCAGAUAAAAUAUACUUUAAAAUUUCAAAAAUCAUUCCUGGGGGAACUUUUAGCAUUCCUUGUCAUGAUGUACUUGUGUGCAGUAAGUGCAGCAUUUGCAGCUGCUUAACUCUGUUCCUCUUAUUUUUUCAAUUUCCAAAUUGAGAUUAUAAAAAACAAGUGAUUUGUGUAAUUUGAUGUUUGUGGAGUUGUGCCUACUAUUAAUGGAAAUAUGCACGUCAGUUACUCAGAGGUCGUUGAUGUGAAACUAGUUAGAAAUUCCAGGUGUGUCGGUGUGUUUCUUACAGGUGCACUGGACACUAGUGAAUUUGUCACAGCUCUCUUCACUUUUAUGGUGUAUAAAGUACAGCUAGCUUAUAAAACUUGAAAAUAUGGCACUAGUCUAUUCAUGCCUGAAAUCUUGGAGUCCAGGAUGCCUUGUCUCUUACUUUUCAAAUAAGUGAAACUUUGGGAGUUUAGAAUGUAAAAUUUGUGAAGUUUGUUUUGUCAAAAUAAAACGUUCACACUAGAUUUUUCCUCUGAA